AUCGUCUGACCACCCUCGAACCAAUCCUGCUGGGACGGGCCUUCUUGUUAUGUUCUUGGCCCUGCAUUUGCCAUUCUGAAUUUAAACACCGACACCCCGGCCAUCGCAGACCGUUCCUGUUCAAGCUUCGAAUUCUUGGUUUUUUCUCCUUUUUGCGCGCGACUGGUUCUCUCUGCCUCUUCAAAUUGUUUGAAAGCAUUUUUUGGAAGAAGCCGGUCAAUUUCUGGAGUUCGGUUGUCGAGCUCGCUUCAUACGUAAUAUCUUCAGCAUGCCAAUCCGCAACCCCUUUGCGCGCCGUCCCGGUGUCAUCGUCACCGCUCAUGAUGAAAACUCACGGCCGGGGUCGGCGGCCGGGAGUGUGAAGGAAAGUGUGCUGUCGCCGGGUUUUGAAAGGGUAGAUACUGUUGGGUCAAAGGCAUCGUCGGCGUUCAGCAUUCGCAGCAGCAGGAGGAGCCAGGACACAGGGGAAUACAAGAUGAGCGUGGUCAAUGAUAGUGGAAUCUACCUUCCUCCAUCUCCCACUGAAAAGGAAGCUACCUGGCCACGCCGGUACCUCUCCCGAACCUCCAGCGACAGAAGCAGCCGGGAUGGCUCGGGUGACAUUGAGCACUUCCCCAUCUCGAGGGAAUCAUUCGAUUCUUACCGCCGCUCCUUUGACAUCUCCGCCAGAAGCUACAUCACCGACCCUGUGCCACGCCAAUCCCUCGAUUCCUCCGCCCGCUUCCCCCGCAUGAUGCACACGCGCUCAUCGCUCCUAAGCCGGGAACCACCUACCCCGGAAGAGGGUUUUGAGGAUGUUGGGCUAGGUGGUGAAUCCAAGACCACAGCGCAGCACCAGCACCAGCAACAAGCUGAACAGACACAGACUCCAGCGUUGCCGAAGAAGAAGGGGCUCUUUGCGAGAUUUGGAUCUGAGCACACCCAUGAGACGACCGAUGCAGCGCAUACUGUGAAUAGCAACGCGACGUCAUCAUGGAGUUUCCUGCCUGGGGCGUCGAGAAAGAGGGCGCAGAGCGGGCAGGGAGCGGAGUUGGGGGCCAUGCCUUUCCCUGUUGAUAGGUCGGCGGCGAAUGGGGGUGCGGUUGAGGUUGAUGCUUAAAGGACGUGCAUGAUAUUAGGGGGCAUCAUUCUGACCAGAGGAGUCAUGGCGAUAGAUGGGCAGCCGUCUGUGUUGAAUGGGUGGGGGGGGGGGGCAUAUUGCUUGGAAAACAGACAUAUCACCAACAUCUUUGUGUGGUGGGUCGUUUUUUUGCUGAUGAAAAGGCGUUAUGGGGUCUGGGUUUGGGAUGGAAUGAUGAAGUGGGAGGUACACAUAUACUACUGUAAUAAUUCAUGGUAAUGAGGGUAACGAAUAUAGAGGUCGGUUCAAGACAUAUGCUAGUCUUGGUUAGUGAUGGGUUUUUG